AAUAGGGAGGGAAAGAAAUAGCAAAGGGCUAAGGAAGGGAAAAAGAAAGAAAGAAAAAAAAUGACUGGCAUCGGCAGGUGAAAAAGAUAUUUUAAGUGCCGGGUCCGAAAAUACCCAACCCAUUUUUUUACGAGAGCUUAUAAAAAGCAUUUAGGAAUCAGGGAGGAAUUUACUACCAUUUUUCUUUAUUAGCAAGACACAGUAUGGGAGAUUCUAGUGUUCCGAUUCCCUAUGAGCCAAAGGGAACCCCCUUGGUUGAGUUUAUUGAGUACGAUAAAAUUAAUUUCAAAACGGUGACUUGGAAAGUGCCGGAAAAUGUUGAGUAUAAAGGCAAGAUAAUCUACGUUCACGGGUUUGCAGAACACUCUUCAAUAUAUACGGAGGCCUUUGAUAAGUUGAGUCAAUACGGGUACGAGAUUUUUUUCUUUGAUCAAAGAGGAGCCGGAGAAACUUCUCCAGGCGAGUAUGUGGGUAAAACCGACGAAUAUCAUACAUUUGACGAUUUAGAUUUUAUGAUUAAACAUAAUUUAGAACAAAGAAGUGACCAGGACGAAAAAUUCAUAUUGGCGGGUCACUCCAUGGGGGGUGCUAUUGUACUCAACUAUGCCAUUAAGGGGAAGUACAAGAAUUCCAUUAAGAAGAUCUUUGCGAUUGGGCCUUUAAUUAAGCUACAUCCCAAGACCGAGCCUAAUAUUUUUAUAAGAAUUGGUGCGCCGAUCAUCAAUCGGUUAUUUCCAAACAUGAAGUUUGAUUCUCAAUUGAAGUAUAAUUAUAUUACUUCUAAUCCUAAAUGGAUUGAGUACAUUGCUAAACAUGAUACUAAAUUGAUUGGUACUGCCCGUCAAUUUAAUGAUAUGUUUGCCCGAGGUCAUAUUUUAACCAAGGAAGAUUACGUUGCCAAAUUCGAUCCAAAAAUAUCCUUAUUGGUUUGCCAUGGUACCGACGAUAAUGUUAAUUGGAUCAAAGGUACCAGUACGUUUAUCAAUUUAUUGGCGGAAAAAAUCAAUAAGAAAUUUCUUCCCAUUCAAAAUGGUCGUCACUCAUUAUUGAUUGAAAACGAUGUCAUUUUCAAUCAAGUGUUUAAUGAUGUGGUUGACUUCUUAAAUGAAUAAGUGUAUAUGUAUAUUUAAUGUUAUGAUAUUA